AUGGCCGCGCCAAACAACAUGCACAAUCUCACGACGCUCAUCAAGCGACUUGAAGCUGCUACAUCGCGACUCGAAGAUAUUGCGACGUCGACCGAGCUUCCUAAGGAUGUACCGGCCUUGAUUAACUCGACAUCCGCGUCGGCCGCUGCCGCUGAUGCUUCCGCACCGGUUCCUGCCUCGUCUGCCCCAAAAUCCCUUCCGAAGGUUGCUUCUGAACCGCUCCCGGAGAGCGUUGAGGAGUUCGAUGCGUACCUUAAGUCAACCGUUGAGAAGUAUGUCAACAUCAGCAAAGAGAUCGGCGGGACAGUCGCCAAGCAGGCCGCCGAAGUGCUCAAGGGCUUCCAGGAGCAGCGUAAGCUCAUCCUUAUCUCCACCAAGGCCAAGAAGCCGGACAUGUCCGGCCUGCAGAGUCUUACCCAGCCCAUCAACAGUGCUGUGAUGGCUGUCAUGGACAUCAAGGACUCGAGCCGCGGAGAUCCUCUGUCGAACCAUCUUACCGCCGUUUCUGACGGUAUCAUGGUUAUGGGAUGGGUUACCCUCGAUAACCGCCCGUUCAAGCACGUUGAUGAAUCCCUCGGUUCUGCUCAGUUCUUCGGAAAUAAGGUCCUGAAGGAGUACAAGGAGAAGGAUCCCAAGCACGUUGAGUGGGUGCAGUCUUUUUAUGCCGUCUUCAAAGACCUUUCGGAGCUUGUGAAGGAGAACUUUACCAACGGACUUCCAUGGAACCCCAAGGGCGAGCCGGCCGCCAACGUUUCCAAGGCCCUGGCGGCACAGAGCGCACCUCCUUCCACCUCCGCCCUUGCCGGCGGAGCGCCCCCGCCUCCUCCGCCUCCACCCCCCGGGCCGCCUCCUAUCCUGGACAUCAAGACCGAAGUCUCGGCUCCCACACCUUCGACCUCAUCCUCGGGUUUCGGUGCUGUCUUCUCUGACCUGAAUAAAGGAGAGGACGUCACCAAGGGGCUCCGCAAGGUGGACAAGUCGCAAAUGACCCAUAAGAACCCGUCUCUCCGUGCAGGAUCAACUGUCGCGGACAGUAGUUCGGCUGUGCGCGGCAAGAGCCCGGCCCCCGGAAAGAAGCCCAAGCCCGAGAGCAUGCGGGUUAAGAAGCCCGCUAAGAAGGAGCUCGAGGGCAACAAGUGGACUGUAGAAAACUAUGAGAAGGAAUCCGGGCCCGUGGAAAUUGAGGCGAGUCUUACUCAUUCAAUUCUCAUCAGCCGAUGCAACAGCGCAACUGUUAUCAUCAAGGGGAAGGCAAACCAGGUCACGGUCGAGAACUCCAACCGGCUGUCCCUUGUCGUUGACACCCUGGUUUCAACCGUGGACGUGGUCAAGGCACCCAAUUUCGCUCUCCAGGUCCUGGGUACAAUUCCCACCAUCAUGCUGGACCAGGUUGACGGGGGAACUAUCUACCUGAGCAAGGAAAGCACUCGCACCCAGAUUUUCACAAGCAAGUCUGCUGGUAUCAACCUGAACAUCAUCUCGGGCCCAGAUGAAGACUACAAGGAGGUGCCUCUGCCUUCUCAGAUCAGCUCGUACUACGAUGAGGAAAAGGGUGACCUGAUCAACGAGAUUGUUGCCCACGCUGGUUAA